UAAGAGUUGCAUAUAAGGAAAUCAACAAUCGCCAGCUCGACUUUCGCAAUAAGUUGUCAGUAUUGAAUCAUUCUUGUGCUGACUUUACCUGCGAUACCCAUACGGAUACGGAUUCAGGAUGAUCACGAGUUGGUACUAUUCACUGCCCAGAAUAACCAGAUACUGGUUCACCACCACAGUGGUGGUCAGCUGCCUAGUUAGCCGGUUUCAGCUGCUGCCCAUCGAAUGGCUGGAGCUGGACUGGAGGGAGAUCUACUACCGUUGGGAGUGGUGGCGAUGCCUCACCUCAAUUGUGGCCUUCCCCAUCAAUCCGAACACGGCGUUUCCAUUCCUCUUGUAUUGCUACUUUCUGGUGACCUACAGUGGAAUGCUGGAGAGGGAACAGUUUGGAAGGAGUCCAGCGGCAUAUCUGUAUUUCCUGAUUAUCAUAGCUGUGCUGGCGAAUGUCGGAGGAUUCCUAAUCGAAGCCACCAGCCUAUUGGAAAUUAUAGUGAUGUCCGUACUCUAUAGCUGGUGUCGAUUACACAAGGACGAGACUGUGAGCUUCUGGUUCGGAACGCGUUUAAAGGCCAUGUAUCUGCCAUGGGUGCUGGCCGGCUUUGAUUUCAUCUUUAAUUUCUCCUUGGAAACCUUCGUUGGUAUUUUUAAUGGUCACAUCUACUAUUUCCUCAAGGAUCAAUAUCCCAAUCUGAUUGAAACACCUCGUAUACUGAAACGCAUCCUGCCUGAUGCUCGUGGUGGGUUCAGUGCUUUUGAUGGGGCAUCAGAGAGCAGGGCCUCAGCCGUACCGAGUCCUGAUUAUUCCUGGGGACGGGGCAUGACCCUGGGAGGCAACUGAAACUAAAAUUAAAAAAUCCCUUAUAAACCAGUGACCAAAACGAAUAAAAAAUGUGACUGAAUUAAA